CAAUGGUUAGAUUUCCAGAAGCUGUGGUCAAUGCAUCUUGAUGAUAGUGAAAGCGAAAGUAGAACCAGGUUGAAACUACGUAACCAAAUCUAAUUUGUCUUAAAAUUAUACACCGACUUGGCGACCCAUGAGUCAAAGAUUAGCUAAACGUCUUCAAAAUGAAAUUAAAGAGGUUAAAAACAGUCAAAAUUUAAACCUUGAGUUUGUGACUAUAACAGACAAGUUUGACGAAUGGCAAGUGAAAUUGAUACCUCACGGGGAGAGCAUCUACAGUGGGGAGGAGUUCCUGCUGUGUUUCAAGUUCACAGAGCAAUACCCGUUCGAUUCACCUGGAGUAACGUUCACAGGAGAUAACAUCCCCGAGCACCCUCAUGUUUACAGCAAUGGACAUAUCUGUCUCUCGAUACUGGCUGAAGACUGGUCUCCGGCCAUGACUGUGGAAAGUGUCUGCGUGUCCAUAGUCAGCAUGCUUAACUCAUGUCCUCGUAAAGAACUCCCCCCUGACAAUGACAGAUAUGUGAAAACUUGCAGCAAGGAUCCUAAAAAGACUCGCUGGUGGUUCCACGAUGACACAGUAUAGCAACACAUCGAAUCAUUGGAAAAAUAUUGAUAAUUAUUUUAUUUGAAAUCACAUUUUUGGACACGAAACAUUUUAGUGCUUAUCAUGUGUCUUUCUUUUCUAUCGUAGGCUUGCUGAGGUUCCGGAUCUUCAUUUUAUGAAGUUCACUUUUUGCCAUGCAUCACUUCAAUUUAGAAUUUAUCAGAACUGGUCAACAUUUGACAAAAACAAAAUAUCAAGCUUUAUACGGCAUAAUAUUGUUAGUUAUAAUAGUUCCGUAAAUAUAAUUUUGUUUUCA